AGCAGCAGCUGCUGCCUGAGCACCAUUCAAGAGCAGCAGAAGCAGAAAGCAGCAACUCCGCCAGGCUGGCAAAUCAACUAGCAACAACAACCACCACAGACAGGAGGAGGAGGAGGAGGCUGCAUCUGGCAGGGGGAAACAAUAAAACAAGCAGGGAAGGAUGAAGGAUGGAGAAGGCACAACACUUCUAGGAAACUCCUUGGAAUGGCUCUGUCCGGGGGCUCCGCGGGGGUUGACAAGCUCCGGUCGAUCCCUCCCGCUUUCUCUGCUGGGAUUAUGAGCAAGGGCGAGAUUACGGAUCUGGAGGGGUUGUGUCUGCGCUGAGAUGUCCACUUGGGCUGGAAAGUUUCUCCAUGGUUUCUUUAUGGUGCCUGAGCUCCUCGCUGCCAGCUUUGAUUCCCCCCCAGUCUUCCUGGGCAGCUGUCCAGAUGAUGUACCCAUACCGUAAGCAGAAGAGGAUGGGUUUCUAGAGCACUGCAGCUAAAAUACGAAGGAAAUGAUCUGGAAGAAGCUUCCAAAAGAUCACUAAAAGGCACUGGCUUCUGCGCGAUGCUUCGGCUAACACCAACCCCCUACACUGUGCUGUGUAACCCUGUGACCCUAUUAGAGGAACAGGGCCCAGGAAAGAUCUUAGCAGCUUCUUUAACGACCUCAUUCUCUACCCAGCACGGAUGAUCUUCUGUUUGUUUGCACUGGUGACACGACUCUUUCCUUAUCUCGUUUGGAGUCUGUAGAAAUCAAUUAGCUGUUUGCAAAGAGUGAACUGAGCAACGUCAUGGGAGGGAUACAUGGCUGCUUCUCUUCCCAGGUUACCUAACGGUGCUAUCUUGGCUGUCUGGACGCGUAAGAGGGCCCAGCUUGUUAGUGAUUGAGACCCUGCUUCUCAGGAUUUUAACUAAAAAGGGAUUUCCCUGACUGUGUUAAAGCACGGGCAUGUUGUGAGGUAUCUGUCGAGGAGCUGCUCCUCCAGCUCUGUCCCCGGCCCUCACCCUCUUCUCUCCCUUUUGCUGCAGGAGCUGGAGCCGCUCUAGGGAGCAGUGCCCUGGGUAGCCAGCCAUGAUCGCCACUGGAGGCCUCCUGAGGAUCUCGGCCAGGAAACAGGACCCCCUGCGACCCCAGAGCCAGCCCCCCAAACGCAAACGCAAAGCCAGAAAGAAGCGCAAGAACGACGUGGUGGUGGUGAAGGGCAAGCUGAAGCUGUGCUCCGUCUCGGGGCUCAUCGCCCUCUGCGGCAUCCUGGUGCUGCUGGUGGGCAUCGCCUUGGCCGUGGUGGGCUAUUGGCCCAAACCCAGCCCCGUCUACCGGGAGGGCAGCUUCGGGGGGAGCAAACACCUGCCCGCGCAGGGCGGCGCCACCAAAAACCGCUCCAGCCGGGGCCAGCCGGGGGCGCAAGGGGGAUCCCACCCGGACACCCCUAGAGCCAACUCCUCCUCCUCCAGCAGCAGCAGCCGGGGGUCCCCCCGCGCCGUGCCGGCCCCUUCCUCGGUGGGAUUCCUCUUCCAGCUCUUCUCGGGCUACCUGCACUCGGACAAGCUCAAGGUGCUGGGCCCCCUCAUCAUGGGCAUCGGCAUCUUCCUCUUCAUCUGCGCCAACGCGGUGCUGCACGAGAACCGCGACCGCAAGACCAAGAUCAUCAACCUGCGGGACCUCUACUCCACCGUCAUCGACGCGCACAGCCUGCGGGCCAAGGAGGGCGGGGGCCCGGCCGCCGCCCCGCUCAAUGGCUUCGUCAGUUACGUGCAGCAGGCCCGGGGGCUGGGCGGCGGCGGCAGCGGGGGGGAAGCCUUGGGCGCCGCGGCCAGGCUGGCCCAGAGCUCCUGGCCCCAGGCCCUGGGCGCCCCCGCGCCCCGCUGUUCCUCCUUCUCCGCCUCCCCGCCCAGCCUGGCCGAGGCCGUCUACAGCAUCUACCGGGAGCGAGCCGCCCUGGCCGGCCGCCCGCUGGGCGCCGCCACCCCUCCCUGCAGCCCCGCGCCCGGCUGGGGCCGGCGCAGCACCGCCAGCUCCCUGGUGGGCUCCUCGCUCAGCGCCUUCACCCUGCUGCCCCUGGGCCAGGCCGAGGGCACGGGCGGGGAGAGCUGCGGCUGGCGGCGGUCGCCGGGCGAGCCCGGGGCCAGGGCGAGCCCGCGGGGCGAGUUCGAGCUGAGCCUGAGCGAGCUCGGCAGCGGCAGCCCCCUAGGGCCAGGGCAGGGGCGCAGGCACAAGCGGGUACUGAGGCGUCAGAGCACAAGCUGCCUGCCUGACGCCAGGCGGCCCCUCUCCCUUGGCUCCCCUCAGACUCGGGCUAGCAGCAAGGAGCUGGACUCCACCAGCCUUUUAGCCAAGGCUGCUUCUUCCACCUACUCCAGAUCUCUGGAUCUGGGCGGCUCGCCUCCCUUCACUCCGCCUGGGGUCAGGAGAGGCUCCCAGUCUGACCCAUCCAGCAGCAAUAAGGGCUACACGCACCUGGAGGAGGCAGGCACCUCCUUGGAGUCUAUUGCCAACACCCCCGCCAGUAAAACCCAGGACUGUGAGGAGGACCCAAAAGGGGAGAUCGGCCCCCUAGAGGGAGCCAGUAAAGAACAAACAGUGCAGCAACCUCAGCAAAUUCAGAGACAAUAUACAAAGAAAGAGAAGCUCUUCAUGAUUUCCAGGUCACACGCCACGGCAGGGAUGGAGGAUGGGGAGCUGGAAAGCACGGGCGUUUGAACAAACAGAAAGCAUCAGGACAACUUGCAAGCCCUCUGCCUCCUUGUGGACGGAACCCGGUCAAUAUCCAAAGAGCUGCAGUAUGUUAUCCUUGAAUUGCAUUCAAUAAAUUCCCGUAGAUGAUACCAGGAAACAAAAAAUCUUUCUGUCCGAUUGUGAUUGUAUGUUCCAUGCAAACCAAAUUGUAUUACACAUCAAUAGUCCAGCAAGUUCUUCGAAGCAAAAGAAUACAAUUUUGGACAACAUAACUGUGCACUUUAUAGUUUUUAUUUCUAAGUGCCCCCUCUCCCCCUUCCUUGGGUACUCUGAUGCUGGUUUGUCACUAACUGCUUCGAAACCACCACCUCCUGUUCUAGCUCCAGAGCAAGGUGGUUUUCCUUCAGCAAAGCUGAGCCUGCCCCCUUUGUUUUGGUUAAAUCACUCUAAAAGUUUGCAGGGCCUUAUGGAUGAAGUAUCUUCACAAAGAACACUCUUACAGGCAUUUGUUUAAAUUCUGGAAAGAUGACAAGAGAGGAAAGAGUGGAGCUGGACAGAGCUCUGAUAAUCUAAUUGGAACUGUUACAGUCUUAAAUUAGAAACCUAAUAAGACAUGAUACUUUUAUUAAGUAUUAUCACACAUGUACCAAUAGCAUUAAUAAAUUUUUUUAAAUAAAAAUGUUUAAUCAUAUUAAAACAGUUCUCGCCCCUACAGCGCUUACAGAUCAAAGACUACUUUUGUAUCAAACUACGAAGUAUUAGAGACAAGGUAGAAAGGACGAAGGUGUGUUUAUGUUGCUUUUGACAUGGUAAUAGUAAUUUAGUAAUAUUUUCAAAACAAAGAUAUUUGGGGUUCAAUCGCUGAGCACACUGCACUUUAGUACAAGCAUCAGAUUCUGCCUUUAUUUCUAACCCUUGUUUAACUGGAAUUUUAGAUGGUAAGGAAUCAGAGAUUUCAAGAUUCUAAAGAGAAAAAUUGAUUAAGGUUUUACCUUCCAUUAAAAUUAGAUUUUUCAUGACUAAUACAUUAAUCUUAGAAACAGUGGCCCAUACUUCAUAGAUCUUUGACUUUCCCAAGAACAGUCACUCUAAGAUUAAGUUUUUCCAAUCUUGCAAACACUUAUGCACAUGCUUACCUUUAAGGAUGUGAAUAAGUCCUAUUAUAUUCUGAGGGUGAAAUUCUGUCCCCAUUGAAUUAUAUGGGAGUUUUGCCAUUGACUUCAAUGGAGGCAGGAUUUCACCUUGAGUGAGUUAAAUAGCAUGUUUCCUGAUGGUUGGACUAUAUAUAUAUAAUAUAUGAAUCAAACAGCUAUUUGGUAACUGGGAAUUAUUUAACUUUAAUAAUUAUAAUAAGACUGGCCUUUGCUUAAUUUACUAGAAAAAUCUCUUUCAACUCCUAAUUUCAGAUACCAACAAAAUUUUCUA